CUCGGCGCAGCCCGGCACGGCUCGGCGCAGCCCGGCACCGCCCGCCGAGCCCCCCGCCCGCCUCCCGCCCACCCCCGCGCCGCCAUGGACGGGGGAGCCUUCGGAGCGGGGAAAGCCGGCGGCGCCUUCGACCCGCAGGCCUUCAUUCGGCAGCCGCACACCAUCCUGCGUCUCGUCUCCUGGGUGUUCUCCAUUGUGGUGUUCGGCUCCAUUGUGAACGAAGGCUACGUGAACCGCUCGAGCGAGCCGCAAGAGCACUGCAUCUUCAACCGCAAUCGCAAUGCCUGCAACUACGGCAUUACCGUGGGCGUCCUCGCCUUCCUCAGCUGCCUUCUCUACCUGGCUCUGGAUGCCUACUUCCCGCAGAUCAGUAGCGUCAAGGACCGCAAGAAGGCAGUGCUCUCCGACAUUGGAGUCUCGGCCUUUUGGGCAUUCCUCUGGUUCGUGGGCUUCUGCUUUCUGACCAACCAGUGGCAAGCUUCAAAAGAAGAGUACAACCCGUUGAAUGAGGGAGGGGAUGCAGCCCGAGCAGCCAUCACAUUCUCAUUCUUCUCCAUCUUCACUUGGAGCUGCCUCACGUUUCUGGCUUUCCGGAGACUCAGAGACAUUACUUUUCAGGAAGAAUACAACACCCUGUUCCCUAAUUCCCCAUCCUUGCUGCCUUAGUGCCCCCUGCUGAUGGAGGCAUUUGGAGAAAGGGGUGGAGGGAUACAUCUGGAGAAGGUUACUGAGCAGAAAUCGUUCCAACGUCUUGACCAUGGAUGUGUGGUCACUAUAGGGCACAGGGUGGGAAGAUGUGGGCCACUGAACUUGGGUGGAGUUGUCCACUGAAAGAGGAACCUCCCUCCAGAGAGUUGGAACUGGCAAUUACUUCUCCUUCUCUGCUCCUUUCUCUCCCUCACUGAUACCCUAACUAAUGCUGUGUAACACCACUGUGCCUGUCUUUUGAUGACUGCUCAGACCUAACACUUCAGCCAGGAGAUGCCCUCUGCCCCCACCACUUUAUUUCCUCCAUUCCCUCCCCACCCUUUCUCCCCAGAAGCCACUCUUCCCAUCACCUGCUAGACUGCAGAGAUGCUCUGGGACAACCAGUCGUGCCUGUGGGGCUCCGCCAUACUGAAACCCAUGCUUGGGCUCCUUUGGUGCACCAAAGAGUUUCCUGUCUGCAGUGUCUGGGGCAGGAGGCAGCAGUAUGCUUGCUAACCAUCUCCUAGCCUGGGAAAGCAGCUGCCUUGCCUCUUGCUGUUCCUUCCCAUGGUGAUACACCAUGCAGAUGUUCACCAGUGAAGGGGCUAUAGGGGGCGACCACUGGGUCAAAUCCUGCUCUCCUUCCUGACCUCUGCAGGCAAAAUGGCUGCAUACAUCCAGCCUGGUAGAUGAACCUUCUGUGGUGCUGCUGACGCAGGUUGCCUGCCCAGGAGCAAGAGGGGCUGAAUGGAAUAACCAUGUGCCAACUGAGCCUCUGUGACUUGUGCCACAUCAGUGAAACCCCACCACUGGGCAGGAGGUGCCCACCACAUCCCAGAGACAGCAGGGAGCCCUGGCAGGCUGCACCCAGCCAGCUGGUCUCAAAGCCACCCCUUCCCAGCCCUUCUUUCUCCUGGCAGGCUCAUGCUCUCUGUGGGACAGCCUGAAGCUCCGAGCUGUCUGGGGGGUUCCACGGGCGGUCUGCUGGGCAGGCUUCGCGCACUAAUCUCUAACCGCCACUAACCCCACUUUUGUUUGUUUCUCUUCUCUUGGGUUUGUUCCCCCUCUCUUUCUCCCCUCCCCUCUCUGCUUCCCACCUCUUCCCUCCACCUCCUCCC